AACGAAACUGUCAAAAUCCAACCCGAACCACUGACUCAAUCCGCUUAUAUAUAUAUUAAAGCAAUCCCUCCACUUUCCAAUUGCUCUCCCGCUCCUUUCCUCCAUUUCCCCUUUCGAAUCCUCCUUCAAACCCUAACCCUAAGCUCUGCCCGAGAGAAGAAUCGCUUGUACAAGAUGUUGGAACUCCGCCUGGUGCAGGGAUCCCUUCUGAAGAAGGUCAUGGAUGCCAUCAAGGACCUGGUCAAUGACGCCAACUUCGACUGCUCGUCGGCCUCCUUCGCUCUCCAGGCCAUGGACUCCAGCCACGUCGCCCUUGUGGCUCUGCUCCUAAGAGCCGAGGGUUUCGAGCACUUCCGCUGCGACCGCAACAUCUCCAUGGGGAUGAAUCUUGGAAACAUGGCGAAGAUGCUCAAGUGCGCCGGCAACGAUGACAUCAUCACUAUCAAGGGCGACGACGGCAGUGACACUGUCACUUUCAUGUUCGAGAGCCCGACCCAAGACAAAAUUGCGGAUUUUGAGAUGAAACUGAUGGACAUUGAUAGCGAGCACUUGGGAAUCCCAGAUGCAGAAUACCAGGCUAUUGUCAGGAUGCCUUCAGCCGAGUUUAUGAGAAUUUGCAAAGAUCUUGCCACCAUUGGUGACACUGUGGUCAUAUCGGUGACAAAGGAAGGUGUGAAAUUCUCCGCACGGGGUGAUAUGGGAAGUGCAAACAUUGUCCUGAGGCAGAAUACUACAGUUGACAAGCCAGAGGAAGCAACAAUCAUAGAGAUGAACGAGCCAGUCUCCCUUACCUUUGCUUUGAGAUACAUGAACUCCUUCACAAAGGCAACUCCAUUGUCCAAUACAGUCACACUUAGUCUGUCCGCAGAACUGCCUAUUGUGGUUGAAUACAAGAUUGCAGAGAUGGGCUACAUAAGAUACUACUUGGCUCCAAAGAUCGAGGAUGAAGAAGAGGAGACCAAACCGGAAGCAUGAUACCCUGUUCGUGUUAAAAUAUAUGAUCAGUUUCUCAUCUUGGACAGACAUUGGGUGGUUCUCUCUAGUUUUCCCCAGAUUUACUAUUUGAUGUGAUGCUUUUAGUUUUAUGUGAUGAUGCUUGAAUCUCACUGAGUUCUAUGUUUCUUUACUUAGCUGUUGAUUGCUAGUCUGAUGAUACAUUC